AUUAGCGAUUACGGAUAACAACUGUCCUGUGAUUGCUUCUAGUUUUGGUAAUUAAAUUAUUUUUUGGCGCGUCGUAUUCGAGCAGCCUAAUUUAUUUCGUAGAACGCUGUUUUUAUUGUUGGUUUAACGCUUCCUGUUUGUUGGGUUAGCAAACCUUUUUAAUUGGCUGUAUGUUAAUAACGAAUUGGCAUAUAAAUGACUGCUCAUUGCUUAUCUAAUAAAAAAAAUAAUCAAUCAGAAGUUUAAACUAACUCAUCAAUAAUUAAUUACUGUCAAUGUUAUUUGAUCUUAUUGGCAUUGUUGGUACGGUUUGUUCUCCAAAUGUUAAGUACCACCUAAGUAAUCUCACACAUAUAAACGAUGGAAUACAUUUUCUUAGUAGCAGAAGUUAAAAGUUUAAAGACAUAAGUAUUCACGCAUUCGAAAGCAUUAAAAGACUCAAAUGAUCAUGAAUUUAGAAAACACUGGAACUACCUUGUAUGCCAGGAAGAUUGGUACCUACUAGUUCACCCGAACGAGGUCUUUUAAAGCAGAUGGCAGUAUCUUCUGCUCAAGUAGUAAGAGUUGGUUAUGGUUCUCGUUUUCAUCCUUAUCAAAGGCAAAGGUUUCAUUUUACUUUACAAGAUAUCGAUCGUUGUUUGUUUGGUAAACAAGAAUUGCGUGUAGUUCGUAUAGGAAAUUCAAAACCUUCCCCAUCUGGCAAUUUUAAAUCUGUCCCUGUUACUUCUGCUAGUGGAAAUCAAAAUGAAGAUAAAAAUAAACCUGCAAAAUGGUGCGACGUAUGUCAAGAAGUUCGGUUUGGAGAAUGUCCAAAACAUGGUCCUCUCCCUUCUCCACAUCCAUCAAUUAAUCUUAAUGGGCCCAAAUCCUAUGCUGUUUCUACCUUUCCUGAUGAAGUUGGACUUUGUAUUUCAACUAUUCCGCUGGCUGGUUAUGGUGUAUUUGCAAAACUGUUUAUACCUAAAGGAACCUGGAUUGGACCUUAUGAAGGAAGAAAGAUAUCUGUAGAAGAUGGACUCAAGCAAAUUAGUGAAGGAGAUGCUCCUUUUUUAUGGGAGAUUUAUGAAAACUCUCGGUUGUGUUAUUUUCUUGAUGCUAGUGAUGAAAAUACCUCAAGUUGGAUGCGAUUUAUUCAAUGUGCUCGACAUCGGGCCGAACAAAAUAUGUUUGUUUUCCAAUACUACGGAAGUAUUUACUAUCGCGUUUAUAAAGACAUUUUGGUUGGUUCAGAGCUAUUACUUUGGUACGAUGAAAAAUAUCCACAAUACCUUGGGAUUCCUUAUGAAAUUCGAGACUUGUCAUCUCAUUCCAUGGAAAGUAUUCAAGCUCCUUAUGAAGUUUCUAGAAUAGCAGAUAUAGAAUCAGGUAGAAUCAGUCACCCUGAUAAUGGAAGAUUAAAUCCGCCAGGAUUGUUCCUCCAGGGUGGAAAAGCGAAUAUAAACAAUGGUAUUAACGAACCCCCUCGUAUCCCACCCUUUGGACAUAUGCACCAACAUCAUACUCACGAAGCAAGUACAUAUCAACUACCCCCUGUUCAACCUCCAACAUUGAGUCAAGCGCCAUACGUAAUGGAUUCACGUCUUGGUAGGAUUGCACAGCCAACUUUAGAACACUCUGAUUUUCCCAGAUCCGAUCUUAUGAUAAGAUCUGCUAGCUUAGAAGACUUUCAUAAACGCAAUAGCUCUUACCACUCUGAUUUUGUCGAGAGACAUAAUCAGCGAACACCAGUUCCACCCCAGCAUAUGCAGUCUCAUUUCUCAUCAGGGUUUUAUAAGCAUCCCCCUUCUGUAAUGUCCGUGUCAGAAAAUUCUAAAGUAAAAAUAGACGACUCUGCAAGAAGUAAUGAUAAGAAUAAUAUUGAAAGAGAACGUUUUCGAAAUGAAAGAGAUUUAUCUGAAAGGGAACGUGCUCUUCACGAAAAAAUAGCAUUCCAAGAGCAUGAAAAAAUGGUUAUGGAAAAAGGGAUGUUGUUGCAAAAUAAAGAUCAAGUAAUGCAUUUCGAGAGAGAUCGUAUCAAAAAUGAAAGUGAGUGGGAUUUAUUUCGAUGUCAAGGGUGUGGCAAAGGAUUUAAUAACAAAGGAACUUUUGAAAAACAUAAUUGCAUAGUAAAUGACGUUUUAAAGUCAUUUCAAUGUAAUCGUUGUCAAUUACUUUUUCAAGACCCUUCGCUACUAAAAGAACAUAUGGCCACUGCCCAUAGUUCAGAACGCCUUUUAAAAUGUAGUGUAUGUUUUCGAUCAUUUUCAGGAACAAAUGCUUUGAAUACUCACAUGCGUAUUCAUAGCAAUCUCAGUAUAAAUGACCAUGGAAUAAAAGAAAGUAGAAUGACUGAGUGCUUAAAGUGCGGUAAACAAUUUCCAAACAAUCUCGAAUAUAAUAAACACUUCAACUCUCAGGGAGAGUGUACAGGAUAAAAAACUUUUUUUUUAAUAUCUUUAUCAAGUAUA